AUUUCUGCACGUACAUAAUUUGCAGGUACAAAACUAUAAUUUGUAGUAGGUUAGGUAGAAACCCCAUCCUCAAGCAUGGAAAAUAUCUUCUUCUUUUUAAGCACCAGAAUUUUGAAGCCUGCCGACCUGUGAACUGUAAGCAAAGUGUGUAUAGUGGUCCGAAUGGUUCCAACAAAUGAUCAGUUUAUUGGGGAGAAAAGGACAUGUGCAAAAUUUAUUAACGAAAGCUCGCAAAAUGUGGACUAGUUCGCAUGACAACCCGUGGACCACACUUUCGGUUGACCGUUACGUCCACCCCAACAACACGGUACUGAAUUGGAGCCGUGCGAAGCUUCCACUAAAAAUAACAACAUGGAUGACCACGUUGGGCGAAUACCUAGCUAUAAAUAAAACAAUUUGUACUUACCGCAAUACAAUUGCCAACCACACCGAAAUUAUACACAAAACUGCGCAACAAUGUGUACUCUCCCAAAAACACCCACGGUCACGUGCCCGAGCAACAACACUGCUAUAGUGUGCACCCGCCAUUUGCACAAACAAAAAUACUAUCGGUACGCACACGCGCCAGGCAAUAACGAUGUCAGCUCGACUGCGUAAACAAA